UCUCUUAAGACAUCGCUCCGUCAUGUCUAGAUUAAGAUUCGUCCUUGUGCUAUUGUUCGCAGCAGCGGCAGUCUUAGCUGAGGAGCGUGAGAAGCGACAGGCAGCGGAGGCCGAGGCGACGGUAGACGAGGAUGCCGUGGACGCUUUCACCAGGGAGCUGUGCGCCAGCAAGGGCGCGCAGGAGUACUUCAGACUCAGCACGCAGGAUUGCAGAAAAGUCAUCCAGUGCACAGAAGUCGGUCUGGAGAGUCUAGUGUGCCCCCCUAGUCUUGCAUUCGACCUGGAACUGCAAGCAUGCAACUGGAAGGAAGAGGUGAAGAAUUGUGCCAAGACCACCAAAGACAAGAAAGUCAGGCCUCUCACUGCCACCAAGGACCCCUUGUGCGAGGGCGGUAAGCUGGCAUGUGGAGACGGUGUGUGUAUAGCGAAAGAGUUGUUCUGCGACGGCAAGCCUGACUGUGCCGAUAAUUCAGAUGAGAACUUUUGCGACAUCAACUCAGAUCCAAACAGAGCUCCUCAAUGUAACAAGGCCGAAUGCCAGCUGCCGAACUGCUUCUGCAUUAACAACCCUAAUGAGACCCCCAACAAUAUCGACCCUAAGGAUGUACCACAGAUGAUCAUGAUCACUUUCGAUGACGCUGUCAACAACAACAACGUUGAUCUCUACGACCUCAUCUUCAGUGGCCGCGCAAAUCCAAAUGGCUGUGACAUCAAAGCCACAUUCUUCGUGUCGCAUAAAUACACGAAUUACACCGCAGUCAGCGAACUACACCGCAAAGGACACGAAAUCGCCGUCCACUCCAUCAGUCACAACGAUUCCGCUACCUUCUGGACGGAAGCCACUGUCCAAGACUGGACCAACGAAAUGGCGGGAGCUCGACAGAUUGUCAAUCAUUUCGCCAACAUCACUGAUACCACAGUCGUGGGCGUCCGCGCUCCUUACCUUCGAGUGGGAGGAAACAACCAAUUCCUCAUGAUGGAAGAGCAAGGUUUCCUCUACGAUUCCACCAUUGUUGCUCCUUUGGCUGAUGUGCCACUUUGGCCCUAUAUUUUGUACUACCGUAUGCCUCAUGAGUGUCAUGGGCACAUUCAGGUUUGCCCUACUCGGGCAUACGCUGUUUGGGAAAUGGUCAUGAACGAAAUGGACCGUCGUGAAGACCCUCUUCAUGAAGAGCCUCUUCCUGGUUGCGCUAUGGUGGACUCCUGCUUCUCGAACAGGCCGACAGGCGAUCAAUUUUAUAAUUUCUUGAACAACAACUUCAACCGCCACUACAACUCCAACCGCGCUCCUAUGGGACUCUUUUUCCACUCUGCUUUCCUCAAGAACAACCCUGAGAUCCUGGAUGCCUUUACGUUCUGGCUCGACGAAAUUCUUAGCACUCACAAGGACGUCUACUUCGUAACCAUGACUCAAGCUCUUUACUGGCUCCAGGAUAUUGUUCCAAUUAGUCAAGUUGCUAACUUCGAGCCCUGGAAGGAUAAGUGUGCAGUCCAAGGCCCUCCAUCGUGCCAGAACGGAGGAAAUAACUGUAAAUUGGACACUGCUGAACUGCCCGGCGAAACCGUACGCCUGUCUACCUGCAUGCCUUGCCCCAGCAGGUACCCCUGGUUGUUGGACCCCAAUGGUGAUGGACUAUUCUAAUCAGUGAUAGCCUAUAGAAUAUUCCUAAUAUGAUAGGGAUCUCGUAGAUCCCCUUAUGUAUAUAUUGUUUAAACUUAUUUUAUUAAUCAAGACGAGCUUACGUUGUUCCCUGUCAAGACUUCCAUCUUAUGUGUAAAUUUUUUAUUCAAAGAACCGUUUAAUAUGGCUUUCAUUUCUGCACAAGAAAUUCUACCCUUUUCAUAUAUUUACGUUACCAGGCCUUUAGAUACCAUUUGCGUUUUCAACAGCUAGUGUAUCCGUGGACGAUGAUCAUAAUGUCUAGGUUGAAAUUUUCCUGAUAUUUUUCUUAAAUAACCCACUUCAUCACGAACGGCAAUCAAGUAAAUUGCAAGACCGCUGUGAUGGUUAAGAUCUUAAGAAGUUAGUUGUGACUGCAUUUCUGUAACGAGUAUUAUUUGCCAGACCAGGUAGACACGACGGUCUCUUCGACAGGCGAAUUUUCAUUUGUUUACUCAUUGUGUUACAACAUAAUAAAUCAGAAAUCUCGGA